CAGAGCCAAUGACUGCCUUCAGGAUUUCAUGCGGUUGGCCAUUGUUGCAGGGCUCUCUAGUUGGGCUGCCCUGUAGGAAGCGAACCACCUAAGAGUGCCUACUGUUGCUGUUGAUGUUCUUCACAGGGCAUUCUAUGAUGUUAUCAGGAAAGACAUCCAGCAAACAGUAAGAGAAAGACCAUUUCAUUUUGACAUUAUUUCUUCCUGUGAUUCUAGUUAUGUUUUCCAACACCCUGCCUCUUGUUUCACCAUAAAAGAUGUACAAACUUCACACCAAAAGGGUAAAAGCUGCUGCUGGGCAGAUGUGGACUUCAAAUCUCUCCAAGAUCAGACACUCUCUUAAAAAUGUUUACCACAAAUGUAAGAUUUGGCACCCACAUCCAUCCUAUGACUGUGAUCAAGAUGACAUUAGUUCCAAUGAAGAAAUGAAUCUUACAAUAAUGCUUCAAGAUGUUAGAGCUGCCCAAAUUAAACUCCUCAGCCGAAUGACUGACGUUGCGGGUGCAACAUCAAAAAUCCAGGAAAAAAUUGACCGUUAUCAGAAGCAGAUGGAAGUAGUGGAAACCAGAAUUAAUGUUAAGGAAGACAAACAAUCCACAGCAACUAAAGAUAUCCUCUCCAUAAAAGAAGACAUUGAGGCUUUGACAAAGAAGGUAACAGAACUGGAAAACCGGAAUUCUUGCUCCAACAUACAUUGUUUAGAAGUUAUAGACAGGGAAAAGGGUAAAGAAAUCAUAGAAUUGCUUCACAAAUUCAUACAACCAGAAACUCUAAAGAACACAUCAGACUCUGAAAUUCCUUCAUCAGGACCAGAGAAAGUGUCCAGUUAUCCAAAGCAGACUGAUCAUCUUGGGGAAAAAACAAUUUCUCCCCAAAGUCAAACUCUAGAGCAAAAUAACCAUCAAAAUGUAUCCAGAAGGUUUAAAAAGGCAAAGUCAAAUAUUUACAUUUACCCAGACUUUGGUACAUGGAUCAAGCUAACUUUCGUUCAUGGAGGGAAGUGGACCUUCUUCCUCAGUGCCACCAACUUAGAAGAAUUCAUCCAGUGGCUUCUUUCAAGGCCACCCAUUCUUACUGAGGAGCCACAGUCCAUAACCCAGAAACCUUGCCCAUUCACUGGACCUAUUGUAAGCUUGACCACAAUCUGUCUUUCUGUUUUCAACUACAUUUACUGCCUUUUUGGUUUCUCGAAAGAAGAGAUAACUCGACUCUAGAGUUAUUUUCUCCUUUGCUUGGUAUGAAAUAAAUGUAACCUGGUUGUUCCAAGCAUUCACACA